AUGGAACAUGGCGCGUGCAAUGUCAUCUACAUUGACCGUCGUGCGAAUGACGAGCAUGUACGGAGAGAGUCCCUCUCCCAUUCAGUAGCUGCGAGGACAAGCACGGGAAGCGUCACACCCAGCUACUUCACCAUCGGGAAAUCCUAUCCUUUCGAAGUCAAUGCUAACGUGGAAUCCAUCUUGUCCACAUUCAAUGAAGUGCACAUCGUUGGAUCCGGCCGCGCCUGUCUGGAAAAGUUGAGCCAACUUUGCGAAACGAAUGACAGUAUCCCAACCCUUGCAUUGAUCGAUAUACCUUACGAUGAGGAGCGGCGCCUCAAACGUCUAUCCCGCGAGCCGCGCAGCCCAUCGCCCACGUCGACACGGAUCCCGAGGCCCGACACGGUAGAAUUGGACGACAUAUAUGGCAUGCACCUCCUCACCCACAUUUCGUCCGAGAUACAAUCGCAGAACCUACCGAAACUCGUUAUACCCAUCGUAAUAUUAAGCGGACUGGAUCGCGAAUGGCAAUCAAAUGCGCUUCCCUCACCUAGCCUACACGGCUCCCAAGUUCUCACCGACACCGUGCGCCUCGUGCGCUACCUCGAUGCCGGCGCCGUCGACGUUCUCGCCAGUCCGUUGACCAAGGAUAAGGUCCAUGGCCUGGCAGUACAUGCGUAUCGCGUCCACAAGGAGGUCUCUCGCGAGGAGGCGAACUUUAUGACGACCAAAAAGAACCGGAAGCUGUCGUGGGUCGGUGUCAGCGACACGAAACCAUAUGCCUAUCUUCGCGAGGCCAUGGUGUCCAGUCUUAUGAAUGGCAUCUGCAAUCCCGAGUCGGCCGGCGACUGUCUCGACGCUUCCGACCUCUAUGUUGUGCAAGAAAGUAAAGAGAGGGUGGCAGAAGCCAUCGGAUCGUGGAGCUUUUCCGCGCAUGACUUCACCGAUGAUGAACUGUUGUACGGGUGUCUGUUGAUGCUGAAGCACGCUCUUUCCAUGCCUGAAUUGGAGCAAUGGGCUAUUCCAGACGUUGAUCUGAUCGUUUUUCUCAUUGCCAGCCGCACGGCCUACAAUGACUUCGUUCUCUAUCACAAUUUCCGCCACGUAACCGACGUUCUCCAAGCGCUCUUCCACUUUCUCGUCCAAAUCGGCACAUUGCCACCUUACCCUUCCACCAGUGCGCAGUCCCAUGGCAUUCCGGAUUCCCCGAUCGCGCAACUGCUCAAACCUUUCGACGCUUUGACUCUUCUUAUAUCUGCAAUCGGACAUGACGUGGGCCAUCCUGGCGUUAACAACGCCUUCCUUGUUGCGCUCAACGCGCCACUUGCCCAACUUUACAACGAUCGUUCCGUUCUCGAAUCCUUCCAUUGUGCUGCAUAUUCGCAGAUACUACGCCGAUACUGGCCACAGGCAUUUGCCGAUUCUUCGAUGCGGAAGCUCAUGAUCAAUAACAUUCUUGCCACCGACAUGGGUUUGCAUUUCAAAUAUAUGAGCGAUCUGGGCAACUUGCAGGAGAAGCUCGGCCACGACAAAGGCAUUACUGACAGUUGGAGUGCGAAGAUUAGAGAAGAACAGAAAGAUCUAGUUUGUGGGCUUCUCAUCAAGUGUGCUGAUAUUAGCAAUGUCGCACGCAAGUUUGAUGUCGCUGCCCGAUGGGCCAACAUCCUUACAGACGAAUUCAGCAACCAGGGCGUGAUGGAAGCCGAAUUACAGAUCGCCUCCUGCCUUUUCGGAGGACCACCGGUGCGAGACGAUCUGAUCAAGCUCGGCGAAUCCCAGAUAGGAUUCAUGAACAUUUUCGCCGGACCACUCUUCGAGGCCGUCGCUGACAUCCUACCCGCUAUGCAUUACGCUGUCGACGAGAUCUCUCUCAAUAAGGCUACCUGGGAAAUGAAGAUGGACGCAGAGAAAGACAGACGGAAAAAGAAGAAUCCCAGACUUGCACUGGGCCUAUUCCCGUCCACUUUCUCUACCGAUCCAACACCAAGUCCACAUUCAGGACCGCCCCUCAAGCCACUCCCGGAUUUGCCAGUUACUGUGUUGUCUCCGCCCGCUCGAUCGAUUCCAGGCCCUACCAUGAUUACCGGCGCUGAAGACCUUGGUCGUCGAGGUUCCGGUGGCUCUUUCCAUGGCGCAUUAUCAACCUCUCGAAGGUCUUCACUGGCUGUUGAGAACAAAGGCUCAAGGCGGUCAUCUACUGUAGGGAUGCCUGGAGCACUUUCACCUUCUUUGCAAGAGAAUCAGAGUCAGUCUAGAAGAGGUAGUGGUGAUGCUAGCUUGACAGCGAUACUGGUGACACAGACUCACAACUCUUCAGAUCGCUUAACGAAGGAUGCAAGUCCAAGUCCUCCCGGCCGUUCAGCGUCUCCUUCACGGCGUAAGGAUACGCUCACCAAUUCCUCGCCCAACAAGUUUCCAAACAUGAUCCCAAGCGAGGCGUCCAGGGAAAGCCCAAGACCUUUAACGGCCCCGUCAACGGCUCCCCGCAGCCAGGCGUCCGAACUGUUCCCCAUGCCACACCACCCAUCUUCACAAAGUCACUCAGAAGUCGACCUUUCACACCCGAUGAACGGGAACCUCGACGGUUCGAAGGGUCAGCCUUGGGACGCUACUAAAUUAAGCGGCGACAGCAACAUGUCAAGAUCAGACGUUUCACGCGACGCCGGCCGGAAAAGUGAGUGGUGGCGACAAAUGAGCUCCCGUCGACGAACACGAGAAGUGAGAAAUGGCGACGCUGACGCUCGCGGUCAGCAGAAGGAGACGACACCAGAGCCGGUCAGCUGUAGUUCAGCAUCAGGCGCACCCUCGCCGACGUCUCCCGGCUCAGGACGCAACAGCCGCACUGACAAGCUGAAAAGCUUUUUCAAGCGCAAGCCGCGGAACAGUAGCGAUCACGAGAAACAACUUUCAUCUUUCGGAAGUUCUUCACAACUACGCACCCCCCCAACCAGCGAUCCGGGUCGUUCGGUCAACAGCGACGAUUGA